CGCUGAGCGUUUCAUUGGGCGAGGAGAAGCCAUAGGGCAGGAUGGGAGGCAGCAGGAGGGGGCGCUCAAGGCUGGGCCGGCAAGGGGCCUGCGCACUGGCUGCCCUCCUGCUCUGGCUGUGCCUCCCACCGCUGAGUGCCCAACCCAAGCCGUCCAACAAGAACAAUCAGAACUUGGCUGCGGUAUGCGGGAGGAGCAAAGUCACAGGGAAGAUCUUUGGUGGCCAGGCAGCAGGACCAGAACGGUGGCCAUGGCAGGUCAGCCUGCUUUACAGCAUGCAGCACAUCUGUGGAGCCACCCUCAUCUCCAGCAACUGGGUGAUUUCUGCUGCUCACUGCUUCCAAAGGUCCAGAAGCCCAUCAGACUACCGCAUCCUGGUAGGAUACAAUCAGCUCAACAAGCCCACCAACUUCAGCCGGCAGAUGACAGUCCACAAGGUCAUCGUCCAUGAAGAUUACAACAGGAAGUACCGCUUCGGGAGUGACCUCACCCUGCUACAACUGGCUGCCCCUGUGGAUUUCAACUCACAUGUCCGGCCGGCCUGCCUUCCAGACAACUCAACAGUGUUGCCCAUGAAUAGCUCGUGCUGGAUAAGUGGCUGGGGGAUGCUCACUGAGGAUGUUUUUCUGCCUGCACCCUUCCAGCUGCAGGAGGCCAAGGUCAGCCUCAUAGAUAGUGACAGCUGCAGCAGGUUUUUCAUACCCCCUGUCGGCACGCCACCAGAACAGGUUGUGACUUUACAGGAAGACAUGAUAUGUGCUGGAGACACCUGGGUGGAGAAGUCCAUCUGUCGAGGAGACUCUGGGGGCCCCUUGGUCUGCUUCCUGAAAGGCGCCUGGCACCUGGUGGGAGUGACCAGUUGGAGCUGGGACUGCCGCAGUCCCAUCGGUCCCAGUGUCUUCGCCAGUACCACCUACUAUGCCAACUGGAUCAAGGAGAAGCAGCGGGUAAACCCCGCCCCAAAUCCCUCUAAAGCCCCCCCUGAGGAGAAGCCUCCUGUUAUAACCAACAUACCUAUUGUUGAUGCGGGUGCAGUGCACAGGCCCAGGGUCUUCCUGGUGCUGCUGUCAUCUCCCAUUCUGCUGCUGCUGAUUCUCCUCCAGAGCCAGUGACAGGCUGGCCCCACCUCUCCAGAAGCCUCUGCCCUGAUCCCUGUGCCUGCACAUCUGGCUCCAACUAGGGGUCUUCCUGCCCAUAAGAGGUCAGUAGAAGUAAACUCACUCAAGAAGCUUCUCA